CUUUUUUUUUUGUGAGUCACCUGGGUCACCUUCAAACUUUGACUCUCUUUUUACCGGUCGUCGCUUACUGCUGAGUGCUGUUUUGUCUUUUGCUCUGCUGAAUUUUCGUGCCGGCUUUAGAACUUGAUUAGCUAGUAAACAUGGGCCGUAAAUUCGUCGUUGGCGGUAACUGGAAGAUGAAUGGGGAUAAGAACCAGAUAAAUGAAAUUGUCAACAAUUUGAAGAAGGGACCCCUGGAUCCAAAUGCCGAAGUUAUAAUCGGAGUGCCUGCCAUCUACCUGGCCUAUGUCAAAAGCAUUGUCCCUGAUUCCAUCAGUGUAGCUGCUCAGAACUGCUGGAAGGUGUCAAAGGGAGCCUUUACAGGUGAAAUUUCCCCUGCAAUGAUCAAAGACGUUGGUGUUGGCUGGGUUAUUUUGGGACACUCUGAACGGAGGACCAUCUUUGGUGAAAAGGAUGACUUGGUUGCUGAUAAGGUUGCACAUGCCCUUGAAUCCGGGUUGAAGGUCAUAGCCUGUAUUGGAGAAACUCUUGAAGAGAGGGAAGCAGGAAAAACUGAAGAGGUUGUCUUCAGACAGACUAAGGCUCUUUUGCCAGCCAUUGGCAACAACUGGGCCAACGUUGUGUUGGCGUACGAGCCUGUAUGGGCCAUUGGUACUGGCAAAACUGCCUCACCGCAACAGGCCCAGGACGUCCACGCGUCCCUCCGAGGCUGGUUAUCUUCCAACGCCUCUGCGGACGUCGCACAGUCCGUGCGCAUCCAAUAUGGCGGUUCAGUGACGGCUUCCAACGCAAAGGAGCUCGCCGCAUGUCCAGACAUCGACGGCUUUCUGGUCGGUGGUGCUAGUCUUAAACCUGAAUUUAUCGAUAUUGUGAAUGCUACUCAAUAAUUAAUAAAAUGUAAUGUACACUGGUUCAAUUAAGAUGUGUGAAAU